AUGGCUGAGAAAAUCCCCACUGGGGACCUACGAGCCUCCGAGGCGAACAGCGUGUCGACUGGCGACAGUGGCUCUCGAGCAGACGAUGUGAACAAUUAUGAGCUGACUGGAAUUCCACUAGUCCUAGUCAUCACUGGACUUGGUCUUUCGAUCUUUCUCAUGUCGCUGGACUCGUCCAUCAUUGCCACGGCCAUUCCCAGGAUCACCUCACAAUUCAACAGCACCAGUGAUAUUGGUUGGUACGGAAGUGCAUACUCCUUUGCGAUGUGCGCCUUGCAGCCUAUCGCAGGUAAACUGUUUGCGAGCUUUGCAAUGAAGGGCAUGUUCCUCGGAUGUCUUGCCGUCUUCGAGCUGGGUUCAUUGCUGUGCGCCCUUGCUGUGAAUAGCCCUAUGCUCAUUGUCGGACGUGCUAUCGCCGGAAUUGGGGCAGCAGGAUGCUUUACCGGGGCCUUCUGUAUCGUCGCAGUUUCUAUCCCGCUAGUCAAGCGGCCAUUCUACAUUGGAAUUCUUCAGUCAACAUUUGGCAUCGCCACCAUCAUUGGACCCGUAUUAGGCGGUGCAUUUACCGAGCAUGUGACGUGGCGGUGGUGUUUUUGGAUCAAUCUCCCCAUCGGCGCUGUUACCAUAUUUGCCCUGGUCUUCUUCUUCAAACCGCCGCCGCGCGACACAACGAACUCCCCGUCGGUACUUCGCAGACUGGAAAACCUGGACUUGCUUGGCGCGUUGCUUUUCGCUCCGGCCAUCAUCAUGAUCUUCCUGGCUCUUCAAUGGGGAGGGACCGAGCACUCUUGGAAGAGUGCUACCAUAAUCGGCCUCUUCAUUGGAGGCGCGGGUCUCGGUCUUGCCUUUGCUCUCUGGCAAAUACGAAGGGGUGACGAUGCCAUGAUCCCACCGCGUCUGAUCACCGAGCGUACGAUGUUCUUCUCUUGUUUCAGCGAGUUCUUCGCCAUGGGUGCCGUUUACAUUUCCAUCUACUACCUCCCAGAAUGGUUCCAGGUGAUCAAAGAUGCCUCGCCCACGAAGUCGGGAGUCAUGUACCUCCCUUUGGCGCUGUCAGACGUCCUCUCUGCAACACUGACAGGCGCCUCACUCAAGUACCUCGGAUACCCAAACCCCUACAUGCUCCUCGGAACGGGCCUGAUGAGCCUCGCAACGGGCCUCUUCUCCACCUUCUCCGAAAGCACUCCCCACCAGCAAUGGAUCCCAUUCCAAGUCCUCCAAGGCCUCGGUGUCGGAAUGACCCUCUCAAUGCCCUACGUCGCGACACAGACCGUCCUCAAGCCCGAGGAUAUCCCCGUCGGUACCUCCUUACUGCAAUGCUUUCAAUUCUUCGGAGCCUCCGUGAACCUCGCCAUCGCGGAGGCCAUCUUCGAGAACAAACUCGUCUCGCGGCUGGACGGCUGGGGGUUUGAAGCCCACGAGAUAGAGCACAUUCUCGCUGCCGGCUCCGCUGAAGUCAGGAACGUGGUUCCUGCGGCCCACUUGCCAGGCGUGCUAGAUGCAUACAACCACGCGAUCACAAGGACGUUCUACGUCGCAGCCAGUGUUGCUGCCGUUGCAUUCCUCCUUGCACUCGGAAUCCGCUGGAGGAGCGUCAAGCCGAAACCCCAGGCCGUUUCUGAUUUUGUGGAGGCUCAAUCGUCAAGAUAG